AUGUCUAAAGUAUUCAUCCCAAUUGCAAACGUGGGUAAAGCUCAUGAAGCUGACAUAUACUCUGUUACUAUUACAAAUCCUUAUUCAAUUUCCUGUGGUGGUGAUGGAUAUUUAAAAUUAUGGCCUAAUAAGACUUUGAUUCAAGAACAGAGCAGAUUAAAGGAUAUUGUAAUUUCAAAAUUUGUUCAUAAAACUGGUCUUCAUCAUGCAGACGCUAUUUAUACAGUCGAACCACAUGAUGUUGGUACAGUAUUGCUUAUUGCAACUGUUUCAUUUUCAGGUAAUAUACAUUUUUAUCAAUUCCUAGAAGAUACGCAAGAAUUCAAAGAGUUGAAUCUAAUAGAUGACGAUUUAAAGAAAAAAUCAUUUUGGAGCUGUAAAUGGGUGAAGAGUAAUGACCAAGUUGUUAACCACAGAUUUAUUGCCACAGAUGUCAAGGGAAAUACAUAUGUAUGGAAAUUUAUGUCAACUGAUAAGAUUGUUGGUGAUGAUGAAGAAAAGCCAGAGUAUAAGAAAAAUUUGCAUUUUGAAUUUCAAGGUGAAAUACCAUCAAAUGAACCUGUAUUUGCCACCUGUGUAACUGCAUCUUCUAGUAAAGGGUUAUUAGCUACAGGUUUUGCUAAUGGUUCAGUUAUUGUUUCUCAAUUGAGUACUUUAAGACCAUUAUACACUUUUGAAGGUCUAGGCCGUGAAGGUGUAGAUCAAAACAGUAAUUCUGUUCGUAGUGUAGCAUUUUCCCCUGCAGGUAAUCUGCUUUCUGUAGCAAAUGAUUCAGGAUCAUAUGGUUGUGUUACCCUUUACGAGACAGAAUAUGGUGAAAGAAUUGGUAAUUUAACAGUUCCAACACACUCGGGACAAACAAAUAUUGGAUUAUUUGCACAUAAUGGAUGGGUAUUCAAUCAAGCAUUCAAUCCAAGUGGUGAAUUUAUCGCUACAUGCGGUUAUGACGGUAAAGUCAGAGUAUGGGAUGUCAAAUCCAAAGAAAGGGUAUCGACUUUAAAUAUUUCUGCUACUGAUAUUGAAAUUGAAGAAGAUAUAAUGCUUGCUGAUGAAAAUGGUGAUUCAUUAAAAGUACCUCCAGUGUUUGAUGUUCAAUAUAUCCCACAGGGUACGUUAAAUGGUGUUGGUAACGAAACAAAUGAAGGUUUAUGUUGUGUAUGCAUGGAUAGGAGUGUCAGAUGGUUUAGAGAAGCUGGUGGCAAAUAG